AUAAUCAAAACGUUUUCAACUCUUCCAGGGGAAGUUUCUUAGCAAAUACUCAGAACUGUCCAUAAAAUAAAAGAAUUCAGUGAAAAUGCGCACCUUCAACGUUUGCCUAGCACUGGUGCUGUUCGUGGCGAUGCUGGUCGGCACCAGCGGUAAUCCCGUCGGCGAUAAUACUGUGCUCACUUUAGAGACAGCCGAACAACCGUUAACUUUGUUUGAUGCCGACACGCAGCAAGGACAUGAGAAUGAAGGCGAUCGCUUGGCGCGGGGCUACGGUGGCUACCGUGGUGGCUAUGGUGGUUAUCGUGGCGGAUAUGGUGGUUAUCGUGGCGGAUACGGUGGAUACCGCGGAGGAUAUGGUGGAUACGGCGGUCGUCGUGGUGGUUAUUAUGGUUAAAAUAACGACAAAUAUAAGCAAAAAUAAUAUUUAUCAUUAAUUUGUGUUGUGAAAUUACAAAAAGUUUUGUUAUGAAGUUAAUAAAAUUUUGCCAAAGUUUGUUGUAUUUUCUGUUAUAAAAUAAUCAUACGGUAUUGCGUAAAGUAAAUAUUCCAUUUCAUUAUAAGCUUAUCCAAUUUUAAACUGUUGUUUAAGCGUAUAUUUUUUUUAGGAGAAGAACUGUAUUAAUGAAACCCUAAAGAUUACAGUAUGUGCUCGGUUAUGUAUUUUAUAGGAAACAUCUAUAAUUUUGAAAUGAUAUUAAUUGAUUAAAAUAAAGCAAAACGUGGAAAGCAAAAAAAUUUAAA